AGAAGGAAAAGGGCACGUGAAAAUCCUCCUGACCAUAUACAUUCACUAUCCAGCAAGCUUCAAGAGGCUUGGUGGCACCAUUGUUUGAAAGAGUGUUCUGGGAUCUUUGUCUUCCUCCGGCUCCUGAGCAACAUGCCUUGUUUUAAGCAGCCUACGCACUUCCAGAGUCUGAUACUUCUGCAAUGGCCCUUGAGCUACCUUGCCAUAUUUUGGAUCUUGCAGCCAUUAUUCAUUUCCUUGCUGUUUACAUCCUUGUGGCCACUGCCAGUGCUGUACUUUACCUGGUAUUUCCUGGACUGGAAGACUCCAGAGCAAGGUGGCAGGCGUUCAGCCUGGGUAAGGAACUGGUGUGCCUGGACCCACAUCAGGGACUAUUUCCCCAUUACGAUCCAGAAGACUAAAGACUUGUCGCCGGAGCACAACUAUCUCAUGGGGGUUCACCCUCAUGGUCUCUUGACCUUUGGAGCCUUCUGCAACUUCUGCACUGAAGCCACAGGCUUCUCAAAGGUCUUCCCAGGCAUCACUCCCCACCUGGCCACACUGUCCUGGUUCUUCAAGAUCCCCUUUGUCAGGGAGUACCUCAUGGCCAAAGGUGUGUGCUCUGUGAGUCAGCCAGCGAUCGACUACCUGCUAAGCCACGGCACUGGCAACCUCGUGGGCAUCGUGGUAGGAGGGGUGGGAGAGGCCCUUCAAAGUGUGCCCAACACCACCACCCUCAUCCUCCAGAAGCGCAAGGGGUUUGUGCGCACAGCCCUCCAGCAUGGUGCUCAUCUGGUCCCCACCUUCACAUUUGGAGAAACUGAGGUAUAUGAUCAGGUGCAAUUCCAUAAGGACAGCUGGAUGUACAAGUUCCAGAGCUGCUUCCGCAGAAUCUUUGGUUUCUAUUUCUGCAUCUUCUAUGGAAGAGGCUUCUACCCAGGCACCAGUGGGCUUCUGCCCUACUCGCUUCCUAUUGUCACUGUAGUUGGGGAGCCUUUGCUGGUGCCCAAAAUUGAAAAACCAAGCCAGGAAGUGGUGGACAAAUACCAUGCACUCUAUAUGGAUGCCCUGUGCAAACUCUUUGACCGGCACAAGACCCAGUAUGGCUGCUCAGAGACCCAAAAGCUGCUUUUCCUGUGACUGAAUGAGC